ACUUUUCAACUUUUUCAAAUCUACAAACAUUUUAAUGAUCAAGGAAAGGGCAUUUAAUAGAUACCAGAAAUCGUUCGUUAUUCCGGCAAUAGCGAAUACAUGGCAACAGAAACAGAACAAGACCCUCCUGGCAUGUAGAGGGAGAAGUGUUCGUGUAGGUGGCGAUGCUAGGUGCUGCUCUCCUGGACAUACUGCCAAAUAUGGAAACUACACGUUGAUGGAUUUAGAGACAGGCAUGGUGUUAGCUACAGAAUUAGUACAAAGCAAUGAAGUGAAGAACUCGAAUGCUAUGGAAUUAGAGGGGUUGAAGAGAACCAUGAAAGUUGUGGAAGAUAUGGGUGUGACUCUGAGCGACAUAACCAUAGAUCGCCAUGUACAGGUCCGAAAAUAUCUCCGUGAAAAUAAAGGACAUAUAAAUCACUGGUUUGACAGCUUGCAUGUUGCCAAAAGUGUGAAGACUAAACUUACUACUCUGUGGAAGAAAAGAGGGUGUGAAAAGGUAGCCAAAUGGACCCAGUCCAUUUCAAAUCAUCUCUACUUCUGUGCAGCAACUAGUGAGGGAGAUGGAGAUCUAGUUGAACAGAAAUGGUUGUCGGUUUUGAACCACAUAACAAAUAAACACGAAGGCCAUGGUGAAAAGUACCCAAGCUGUACCCACGGGCCAAUUGAAAGAGAUUGGAUUAAAGAAGGUUCCAAAGCUCACAAGGAAUUGCAGUUGUUACUUGGAAGCAAGCGGUUGGUAACAGACAUCAGAAAGUUGUCACCUGUAGACCAAACCUAAGGCCUAGAAGCUCAUCACAAAAUCGUAUGCCAGUUUGCACCGAAGUUUGUCAGCUUCUCAUAUGCAGUGAUGAAACAAAG